AUGUUCGGGUUCCAUGUUACUAUUCCCGGGUUUAGCAAUUGUUUUCAGUUUCGUGCCGAGGCUCUGAUCCUGAUAGCUAUCAGCCCUAUUGCAUACCACGAGGGCGUUUCAGCUUUCGUUUUGCUCGUUUCCUACCUGUCGGCCGUGACCUUGGUCAAGGUCUUUGUGAAACAGAGCAUCGAUCUCGGCUACCCGUUUCCCAACACGAUCACCGCGAUGCACAUGCUCGCCGUGUGCAUUGUGACCUUGAUCUUCGAACGGCCAAGCAUGGAUGAAGCCUUGAAGGUGUUGCCCAUCUCCGUGUUGAACGGCCUCUCAUUGCUCACAAACAACUCGGCAUUCCUCUAUGGUGGGGUAGCAUUUGUCUCCAUGAUUGCAGCGAACGUUCCUUUCAUGACCUUCUCACUGGAGCUUCUGAAAGGAAAGCGUUCUCUCAACUUUGCCUCAGCCUUCUCCGUGGGGCUGGUGUGCGCUGGUAGUGUUUGCUGCGUCCAGGGUGAGGUGAAUGUCUCCCUUGCCGCCUUCGUUUUGGCCACCGUCAGCGCCCUCUUGCGGGCAGCACGCGGUGUGUGGCAGCAUGAGUUGGUCUCCGUGAGCCUCUCUCCCUUGCGCUUGGUCUUUUGGAAUGGAUUUUGGUCUGGCUGCAUCACCUUGGUGAUGAUGGCGGCCUCCAAGGAAGGCUUGGAAGGUUUGAGGAGCCUGCGGACUGUCAGUACCAAUGCUCAAAUUGGACUCUUGAGUUCCAUCGUGGCAGCCGUGUGUCUCAACAUCACACAGUGGUACGCCAUGAAGGCGGUGGGUGCUUUGAUGGCAAGCAUUAUCGGCAACUUGAAUCUUAUCCUUGUGAUUGCUUUGUCGAUCGCGUGGCUGCAUGAGCAAGUCACGCCUUGGCAGUUCCUUGGAGUGCUCCUUUUGGCCACCGGCACUUUUGCAAACAAGAUGCUUCCUGCUUGCCUCUCCGCCCAAAAAGGAAAGGAGGCGAAGGAACCUGCUAGUGAGAAGAAACAGUGA